GUGGACGGUGGGAGAAUGGAUCGUGUCCCUUAUUUUUUCGCCUUCGAUUGGUUUUGCUCAUAUACCACGACUGGCCUCUUUAUUUCUUCUACUUUCUCUUUAUCUGCUUGAGGGCUUUCCCACACUUCUGUCCUUGCCGUCAUCUUGCAGUUUUUCCUCGAAGAUAACCCCACCAUACAUCGACUAUCAUCACGAUUCACUCACACAAGAUCCAUUGACCGUUCUUUUAUGUUAAGGAGACAAGUUCAACACCUUUCCUAGGUUUAUUGCAUCAUGUCGCCCAUCGCAAUUGAGACCCAAAAUGGGAACGUCGCUGCCGAACAACACGAUUCCGUCUACCAUGUGGCAUCCACCGACGCCGCAAUCGCAGCUGAGCAUGAAUAUGCUGCUCACAACUACCAUCCUCUCCCCAUCGUUUUUGCUCGCGCUUCAGGCACUUCCGUCUGGGAUCCCGAGGGCCGCCAUUACCUAGACUUCCUGUCUGCAUAUUCGGCAGUCAACCAAGGACAUUGUCAUCCUGAACUCGUCAAAGCUUUGGUGGAUCAGGCAUCCAGAUUGACCUUGAGUUCGCGUGCUUUCUAUAAUGAUGUCUUCCCCAAAUUCGCCGAAUUCGUGACCAAGUUUUUCGGUUUCGACAUGGUCCUUCCCAUGUGUACAGGUGCCGAAGCGGUGGAGACCGGUAUCAAAAUUGCCCGCAAAUGGGGCUACAAAGUCAAAGGAAUUCCUGAGAAUCAAGCCAUUGUGCUUAGUGUGGAGAACAAUUUCCAUGGUAGAACCUUCGCCGCUAUUUCCAUGUCUUCAGACCCCGAGUCCCGCGACAACUAUGGCCCAUACUUGCCCAACAUCGGACACUGUAUCCCCGGAACCAACAGACCAAUUGUCUAUAAUGACAAGGUUACCCUGCGUGAGGCUUUCGAAGCGGCUGGCUCUAACCUAGCUGCGUUCUUGGUUGAGCCAAUCCAAGGAGAAGCGGGUAUUGUUGUCCCCGACGAUGACUACCUACGUGAGGCUCGCGCUCUUUGCGACAAGCACAACGUGCUCCUUAUUUGCGACGAGAUCCAAACAGGUAUUGCCCGUACCGGAAAGCUUCUCUGCCAUGAGUGGAGUGGGAUCAAACCUGAUCUCGUCUUGCUCGGAAAGGCGAUCUCUGGAGGAAUGUAUCCAGUGUCCUGCGUCCUUGGCCGCAAGGAUGUUAUGCUCACAGUUGAGCCUGGUACUCAUGGUUCGACUUAUGGAGGCAACCCCUUGGGUUCUGCCAUCGCUAUCCGCGCUUUGGAGGUCAUCCGCGAUGAGAAGAUGGUACAAAAUGCCGAGAAGCUUGGUCAUAUCUUCCGUGACGGAUUGAAGGCGAUCAACAGCCCUUUGAUCCAGACCGUUCGUGGAAAGGGUUUACUGAACGCCAUCGUAAUUGACGAGAGCAAGACGAAUGGUCACUCAGCCUGGGAUCUGUGCAUGUUGAUGAAGAGCAAGGGAUUGUUGGCGAAACCAACUCAUCAAAACAUCAUUCGUCUCGCACCCCCGCUCGUCAUCACGGAGGCAGAGAUCAAGAGCGCUCUUGACGUCAUCAAACAGUCUCUCGAAGAACUUCCCACUCUUUCUGGUCAGAAGGAAGACGAAGUCAUUCCUCCUCCGGAAAAGAAGGUCAAGAUCGGUGUCGAUAAUUAGACGAUAUCUAUCGAUGUGCUCAAAACGCAUGCAUGGCUUGUAGCUCGAGUCCGAGCCGGCAUGCGUGAGCCCUGCCUACCUUUGCCCAGGAAUCAUUUUCUGUUGAGUAAAGUGUAUGACAGCUAGACGGAGCAUUCAUAUUGAGAAAGAACAUAAACCGACUCUGGUAUGAAUAUAUCACGCUCACACUUUUAGCUGAGUGGGUUUAUUUCAUAAGGAGCUCGACCGACUGGCACGCGCCGUGUUGUCCAGUUUAUGUACCUUCUAUCACAGGGGGCUGUGUGCGAGGGGUCUGAGGCGGGCGCAGAAAUACCUCACCUUAAGACUCGGUGGAUAUAGAGUGUCAGGGUAUCGUUUAAAUAGCGCAUAGUACUUGCAUGCCAAGCGGCGGUGCAUGUCUUAGAAAAGUUAUCACUGAUUUUAUUUUAUACAUUUUUGUCUUGUGAAAUUUGCGUAUAUUCUUAAUUAA